GACCUUUUUACAUAAUAUUAAAAUCUGUUGAUAGUGCGUUUACUCUAUAUAUAUAUAUAGAAUAUACAUCAAAGUCGCCUAACAAACACGCACUUCUGCACAAAUAUGUAUAAUGUAUAAAAAAAAAAUCAUAUAUUGUUUAAAGAGCAGUUGAUGGCAAGUGCCACACAUGAAUGAUUUUGGAAAACGAUAUUCACAAAAUGUUAUAAAAGAAUCUACACAACAUAAAUUUUAUGAAAAUUUAUAUAGCGACUCUUAUAGAGCAAUACUUCACGCGUAAACGGUAUAAAAUCGAAAAAAAAUUAAUUUACAAAAAAAAAAAAAAAAAUGUUUUACUUGAAUCUAUUCUCGUUAUCCUUACUUGUGAUGAUUUUAAGUGCUUUCGCUGUCGAAGAAGGGCAAAGACAUUUAAAAAUUCUUUCUUUAUUACCUGCCAAUCUGAGAGGAGUUUUCUACGCUGAUCCGGCACGUGUUGAGCCACGUGAACGUGAGCCAACUACAAAACGGCCUCUACGAGAAGAAAAGCUUCUCGAUAAUAUCGAAGACUAUGAAAAUAGUACGGAACAAGAAGUGAAAGAAGAGGAAGCAUCACGAAUUAAUAAUCCUUAUCCAUUAGCAACUAAUCCUCGAUUUAUUGGAUUCGGUAAUUAUCCGAGCAACGGUAUAUUAGUAGGACCCGGCGGGCCAACCGGCAUUAUAGGACGACCGCAACAGUAUCCUAAUGCUUUCCUAAAUUAUCCUUCGAUAGAUUAUCCAAAUUAUAAUAAUGGCUAUCUGGCAGCUACCUAUCCCUUACACUACGGCAUGCAUAUAUCUUAUCCGAAUCAAUUAUAUCCUGUUCAACCUUUUUACACGGAAGGCUACGGUCUAGCGAAUAAUAAUUUCUUAGUUGGCCCUUUCCCACACUUAAGAUCAAACAUCAAUGAACACGACGAGCGGGCCAAGGAAGCCGAAGACAACAAUCUUAAAACUAUUAAAACGAAUCCAAGUGAUGAUAAUAGAUUUAAUAAGGAGUUGGAAAACAUUCAAUAAAUUGCAUUCGAAACAAGUAUUCAUUCAAAAUUUUUGGUUUUUCAUUUUCUUAUUAUUAUUAUUAUUAUUAUUAUUAUUCCACCCGAUAUCACAUGUGAUAGAUACAACGAUACAGAUUAAGUAACAUUCAGAAAGACUUUUUAGAUAGAUUCACCUUUUAAGCUUAUCUGUCCAUCUGUCCACCUAUAUUUCAUAAAAUUUGUACACGGACCAGUUUUUCGAUCAAUUUCUCCGUAGCGUAUGAUGUUGUAGAGCAUGAAAGCGUUU